AUGCACUUGUUUGUUUUUGUUUCUUUUUAUUUCUUUUAUUUUCAUUUUAUUUUUAUUCAUCCUUUUUUUUUUAGUUUUCUAUUUUUUUUUUUUUCUUUUUUUAUUUCCUUUUUAUUUAUUGUCCGUCUUUUGUUUCCGGUACCUUUUUUCUUAUACUCAGUUUUCUUUUUUCUUUUUAUUUUCUAUUCUCUGUCACUUCUCUUUCUCUUUUCAUUUCUUUAUUUGUUUCUUUCGUCUUUAUUUUAUUGUUUUCUUUAUGUUUUUAUUUUUUCUUUUCUUCAUUGGAAACCUAGGUUACUAGCUAAGUAUCUAUAUAUCUAUCUAUCUAUCUAUCUAUCUAAAUGUGUUCCUAAUUUUCAUUGUCUUUCUUUCUCAUUCUGUUCUUAUCUAUCUAUCUAUCUAUCUAUCUAUCUAUCUAUCUAUCUACAUGUCUGUCUAUCUAUUUAUUUAUGUGUAUAUCUUUCAUUAUUCUUCUUUUACUUACUUUAUUUCUCAUUCUGCACAUAUCUAUCUCUCUCUCUCUCUCUCUAUCUAUCUAUCUAUUUAUCUAUCUAUCUAUCUUGCUUUAAAUAUAAAUUAAACCGUGAUUCACAAAAGUGUAUAUUCUCGUUUUAUCUUUCGUUCUUAUUUUAUUUUCUUGCGUUCUUUCUUUUCUUAAUUUAUUUAAAGUGUGAACUCCUUCAUUUUUCUUCAAACAGUAAAUUAUUCCUUCAUUUCUUUGUUUUUAUUUUGAAGAGUACCCUAUCCCCAUUUAACAUUCUUUGCUGUUAUUCACUUUUCUUUGUAAUAUUAUUUCUCAGCGGAAUCAAUGAAUCAAUACACUGGCGCUUUCUUGUCAUCCUAAGCAAAAGAAAUAAUUAUUUAAAAUUCUCAGUUCUUUCAAAAAGGGAUAAUUUUGUUCUUCUUUCAUCCCUUCCUUUUUCCUUUCUUUCCUUCUUUUGUUUCCUUUCGGUUUUUUUUUUCUUUUUCUUUCUUUCUUCUUUCUUUUUUCUUUCUUUCUUUAUUUUUCAUUCUUUCGUUUUCUUUCUUUCUUUUUUCUUUCGUUUUCUUUCUUUCUCCUUUCUUUCAUUUUCUUUCUUUCUUUUUCAUUUUCUUUCUUUCUUCUUUCAGUUUCUUUCUUUCUUUCAACUUUCCGUGCUUUUCUAUUUCCUAAAAAGCUUCCAUUUCUAUUUUUUGAAAUCAGCUAAAUCUACACUUUUUUGUUUCAUUUCCCCUUCAUUACUCCUCCUUAUCGUAACGCAUUCAUGUUUCUUUCCAAAUCACUUCACUCCGCGCCUUUAUCUCUUUAACUCCCCUCUUCGAUUACUUAUUUUUCUCUUCUUCUUCCCUACCACAUAUUUUUCAUAUAUUCUUCCUCUUUUUUUUUAA